AUGUUCAUAUUAGACCCGGCCACGAUCGUUGCACAGGUGAAAGUUUGUGGAGUCUGCAACGAGGUAGAGUCGAAAUACAAAUGCAGCCGGUGCUACCUGCCGUACUGCUCAGUCGCGUGUUCUAAACUUCAUAAUCAAACACAUCCAGCACUGGAGCCCCCUCCUAAAGCUGACGGCCCACCUCCGGAACCUCAGCCAAGUAAAGGCGUCCCAAGAGCCGGCACUGUAGCUGCCGCUGGCUACAAAGGACCAUUCGCUGCGUUGGACAGCUCGACAGAACUCCAAGAGCUCUUCCGAAAGCACCCGAAUUUACGGUCACAACUCGAAGCUAUCAAUAGCGCCACACUGCCGCCCGUUGAAGGCUAUGGUCUUGCUCAAGGUGGUUCAAGAAAGGGUGGGAAAGUCGAGCCUUGGAACUCAGAUCGCGGACUUCAAAAGGGCGUUGAAGCACUUUCAAAAGCCAGGAAUACAAGUGGCGAGGAUGGAAGGUGCAUUCGAGAGUUCUCAAGGCUAGUACUUCAGUUACUCUCCGGAGACGACGGUGAUCAGGCAGCGGAUGUGAUCCAGAAGAAUAUAGCGGAGGAAAAUACCAGAAUCAUCGAGCAGCUCCUGAAUAAUGAGCGGUGA